AUGGAGCUCUGCACAGCUUCUGUAUCUAUUUCACCGCAUCGCCCCAGUCUAUCAAUGUCUAGCCGGCAAGUGCCAUAUACUCGAUAUGCCGGUUCAAGAUCCUGUAUUUCCAAAAGGACAAAGCGAUCUUCACUCUAUGUCAUCAAUGCUGCAUCAACUAAUGCCCCGCUCUCUUCUCGGACCCUACCCACGCAAACUAAUGGCGCAGCUGCGAAAGGCAUGCCCAGCAAAAAGCCCAACAGUGCACUGGAGCAACUUGAUAUCGAGCGUGGUGUCUGCGUGCCUUUCCGAAAGUACUCCCCAGAAAUGGUAUGGCGCACUACGAGCAUUUGUGUUUACAAGGUCAGGAGUAAAGUCUUGGGAUCAAGUGGAUCUGUACUAUCCCUCGCUAGUCGGGGAGUGGAGAUCAUUUGGAAACUAGGAUUUUAUUGGUCAUCUCUGGUGUAUGACUACUUGGUUGGACGGGAUGAAGAAAUUGUUCCAUUCCGCGCCCGCCAGCUCCGCAAUCUUUUAUGUGAUCUCGGGCCGUCAUUCAUAAAAGCAGGACAGGUUCUAGCUAAUAGGCCUGAUAUUAUUCGCGAGGAUUAUAUGAGCGAACUGUGUAUCCUACAAGAUGACGUUCCUCCAUUUGCUAACCAGGUGGCCUUUUCCAUAAUUGAGGAAGAACUUGGCCAGCCUCUAGAACAACUAUUCAGCAAAAUUUCAUCAGAGACAAUAGCAGCUGCAAGUCUGGGCCAAGUUUACCGUGCCACUCUAAGAGAAACCGGUGAUGAUGUUGCUAUCAAGGUUCAGAGGCCAGGGAUUGAGCCAAUAAUAUUCCGAGAUCUGUUCCUUUUCCGCACUUUGGCUUCCUUUUUGAAUGGGAUUAGCCUUCAAAAACUAGGCUGCAAUGCAGAGCUUAUUGUUGAUGAAUUCGGUGAAAAACUUUUGGAAGAGCUUGAUUACACUCUUGAAGCUAGAAACAUCGAGGACUUCAUAGUAAAUUUUAAGAAUGAUCCAACUGUGAAGAUCCCUCUAGUAUAUAAUAAGUUUUCAGGUUCUCGUGUUUUGGUGAUGGAAUGGAUAGAUGGAAUCAGAUGCACUGAUCCACAGGCUAUAAAAGAGGCUGGGAUUGAUGUAGAAGGCUUUCUCACAGUUGGAGUGAGUGCAGCACUGCGCCAGUUGCUUGAAUUUGGCCUUUUCCAUGGAGAUCCACAUCCUGGAAAUGUUUUUGCGAUGCGAGAUGGGCGUAUUGCUUACGUCGACUUUGGCAAUGUCGCCGUCCUUAGCCAGCAAAACAAAGAAAUCCUGAUUGAUGCUGUAGUUCAUGCUGUAAAUGAAGACUAUGCAGAAAUGGCAAAUGACUUCACAAGGCUUGGUUUUCUUGCUAGUGGAACAGAUGUUUCCCCAAUUAUCCCAGCUCUGGAAGCUAUUUGGCAAAACUCGGCUGGAAAAGGCUUGGCAGACUUCAAUUUCAGGAGUGUGACUGGGAAGUUUAAUCAGCUCGUGUACAAUUACCCUAUCCGCAUCCCAGAAAGAUUUUCUUUGGUCAUUCGCUCUUUGUUGACACAAGAAGGAAUUUGCUUUACUCUUAAGCCUGAAUUUAAGUUCCUUGAGGUCGCAUAUCCGUAUAUAGCAAACCGUCUUUUGACAGAUCCAAAUCCUGCUCUCCGUGAACGGCUGAUACAGGUGUUAUUCAAAGAUGGAUUGUUCCAGUGGAAACGACUAGAAAACCUUAUAGUUCUUGCCAAGGAAAACGUGUCAAAGAUGAGUACCAAUCCUGCACUGAAGAGCAAUAGCCUGCAAACUGUGUCGAGCCAAAAACUGGAGAAGAAACUGGAUCUCACUGACACAAUAAAAGAUGGAGCACGGCUGUUCCUUAUUGAUUCUGGGAUCAGGAGACAACUUGUAAUGGCUUUCACCGAGGACUCCAGGUUGCACGUGGAUGAGCUUGUUGAUGUAUACAAGCUGGUGGAAGAUCAGAUAGAUAUACCUUCGGUUGCUCUUGAGGUUCUCCAAGGUAAGUCGAUCAAACUCGAUUUUUCUUAUUUGCCAUCGGUCGCGCGCGAUUUCAUGCUUUCGUGGAGCGAUUCCGUUCUGUCAGAUCGCUAA